UUUUGUGCCGUCACAUCCCAAUAGACUUUUAGCAUCUGGCUGACGAUCUGACGCAUUGCGUUACAUAACCACACUUGUCCGGGGGUACUGAGUUUACAAAAAUGAACGAGAAAAAAGCAAUUUUAAAGUUAAAGUGUUUGUUUUAGACCUGCGAGUCGUCCUCUACGUAAAGUGCUUGAUUUAAGGUCUACUUUAGAUGGCAAAGAAAAAUUCACCAUGGCGAGAAAAAAAUACCUUUCAGGAUCACUUAGCUUUUACUUUUAGGGCGAAGUCUUCAGUCGGCCUUACUUUAUAGGCUCGAUUGAUGGCUGAUCUACACCCUAAUACUGCUUUAAACCCAGUCAAAAAAUCCCCACAAUAUCCAUUUAUGGCGACUUCUGAUGCUUUGCAGCGCCCAGAUUACAGCGCAAAAAUGCUCAAUCUUCUACUGCAAGUAAAAUAUCAGAAUGAUGAAAUACUUUCGCUACUCAAAACGCCGUUAUCAACAUCGCUUCUGACCAGAAAAUUACCCGAGGAUAUUCCAGUGAGUUUUCCCAUUAGAUCGAUUCACGAUAUAUUCACCCUUGAGGAAUAUUUAAAAAACAAUGAAAAAGCUGCCGAGUUGGCGAGUUAUUGUGCUACGUUCGGGGGCAAAGAGCUAGUUUCCAAAGUUAAUAUAAUUUUAAAGUAUAUGUUAUCCAAUGAAGUGGCGGCUGAAUUCAGUUUUCUUGGUACGCGAAAUGGCAAGCGACCGUUUUUCAAUUUGGCCCUUAGAAGCGUCAUUAUCAGUGCAAUAAGUUUCACCUUAGACGCUAAUGUAACUGAUAUUGACAAUUGCAUCAAAGUCUGGCUGAAACACGCACCAAGACGAUUUAUGGCGGCAGAGAGUAAAAGUGAAACAAUUUAAGUAACCUUGCGUUUUAAGGAAGUUUUCUACACUGUUCAUAUAUUGUUUUAUAUUAUGAAUUUGGGAACCGAUACUGAGAGCUGAGGGUGUAAUUUAACCCUCAACAUAAAAACCUAGUGAUCUACGCUGAAACAACUGGCUACUGUUCUUUUAAAGUAAUUCUCACCCUGUUAAGAUCGGAACUUUUCUCACAGGGAUUGUGUGAUUUCGAUUGCUAUUUGCUCACAGUUUUCAGUCUAUUCUAAAGUACCUAAUCAAUGAAAACUGUAUGUUUUUUUUUUAAGUUUGUCUUUGGCAAUAGUUUUAUACAUUCAAUGAACUUUCCGCAUUCCAAAAAACUGAGUUGAGUUUAUACUGGUUUGUCAGUUCGUUUUCUUCAUGUAGCCGAAGUAUUUUUUGUGUAAUUUUAUAACAGAAUCGGCACUAAAUUGUUAAAUAUAUUAGGGAAUUUUGUUUCUAGGACGUAACAUGAGUUAAUGGAUAUAUUUUCUUUAUGAAAGAAAGAAUAAAUUCAACAACUCAA